CACACACACACACACACACCUGCCGACACAUGUCCUGCCGAAUCCAGCCACUCAACAACCUGACUACCUUGAGCCGACGGCGCCGGGUGGAGACCUCAGAGCCACCUCAGCUCCGGGGGGCUUCCACAGCGCUCUCUCCGGGACCCGACCUGCACCUCCUGGGGCGCUCAGCGGGGAGUCUCAGCCCAUCCCGACACCUGCUCCAUUCUAGAACUUGGAAGGCACCAACAAGACCUGAAUCCUCCCGUUUGCCCCCCUGCUGAGAGCGGAGGGGUGGGGACGGGGGGGUAGGAGGGUGGUAGGUAGCGGUAAGGUGGUGGGGGGGUGGUGGCGGUCCUCUAAGGCUCCGGGUGCCCCCCCCUGCCCUGCCUGUCCGGAUCAUGGAGCCGCACCGCCUGCCCAGCGAGACCCCGACGGCGACCAGCCGCGGCUCCACUGACCUGCUGUACGACAGCUGCCCCCCCUGCUCCCUGCGGAGGGGGGGGGUGCGCCCGGGGGGGGGACGCCCCGCCGCGGCCAGCGGCCUCCCGGCGGCGCCUCGUGGGCCCCGGGCCGGCCUGGCGCCCGGCGCGGCUCACGUUCCCACGCUACCCCCGGGGGCGGGGCGGUCCGGGGCUGGAGCCCGGCCAGACCACAGCUACUGCAGCUGGGCCGGGGGCCGGGGGGCCGAGGGGGGGUGGAACGGCGGGCGGCCGCCGGGAGAGGGAGCGGGGGGAGGAGGAGCGGAGGGCUGCGGGGGGGAGGAGAUGGACAGCCCCAGCCCGGCGCGCAGCGUGGACCACCAGAGCGUCCUGUCCGUCUACGACAACCUCCGCGAAGGCGCCACCCCCGACGACAAGGCCACGCCCGACGACAGGGCCACGCCCAUGGAGACCAGGACCCUGUUCCCCCACAGCGAGGAGGACGGCUUCCUGUUCCCCCACAGCGAAGACGACGGCUUCCUGUUCCCCCACAGCGAGGAGGACGGCUUCCUGUUCCCCCACAGCGAGGAGGACGGCUUCCUGUUCCCCCACAGCGAGGAGGACGGCUUCCUGUUCCCCCACAGCGAGGAGGACGGCUUCCUGUUCCCCCACAGCGAGGAGGACCAGCUCGGCCUGCUGGGCUCGGGGCGGGGCGCGGCCAGCCGGGACAGCAGCCCGUGGUCCUCCUGUGAGAUAAUACUGGCGGAGAGCCGGCUCAGCGAAGGGCCUGGCAUGGACGCGCCCGGGGGGCCGGGGGAGGGGCCGGGGGAGGGGCCGGGGGAGGGGCCGUCCCACGCGCUCACGGCCAGCCUGCCUCCGCGGGACCGGCAGGACCCCGACGAGCCGGCGGCCCCUGCCGGGGCGAGGGUCCCUCCGCCGGUGCCCCGGGCCGACCCGGUGGCCCGCGCCCUGCGCAGCGUGCUCACGGGGCUGCAGCACCAGAUGGGACGCCAGCGGGACGAGUACGAGGCCAGGAUCAGCAGCCUGGAGCAGAGGAACGAGGAGCUGCAGAGCCAGCUGCUGGGUCUGAAGGUCAACCUGUCGCAGCAGCGCCGCUGGUACCAGGCGGUCCAGGCCAGGAUUCAGGAGUCGGAGCGGGCCCGGGCCGCCGCCGAGACCCGCAACGCCACUAUCCAGCGAGAGAUGGACCAGUUCUUCGACACCUUCGGGGAGCUCAACAACGAAGCCAGAAAGGCCGAGCGGAUUGUCCGGAGCUUCUGAGAGAGGGGGGCGGGGUUGUCCGGAGGGUGAACCAACGAUGAGAAACGUUAAUACACGGACGACCAGAAGAAGCGUCCUGCCAGGGGGAGAAUGGCGCAUUGCCACUUCCAUGCCAUGUGUUUACUGAGACAUUUGGCUGACAAGUGAAGACACUAAAAUGAUAGCACUGUGUUCUGCUUCAGGGUAAUGAAAUAGUUAUUUCAGAUCCAGGAUCAGAUUGUCUCCUUGUCGAUCAGAAAAAGCUACUGGGAAAAGUUUGUUGAAACAUUGCUUUAAGUGUUUAUCUCCUGGUGCUAAUAUAAGGAAACAAAACAAAAACAUUGUAUGUUUUAAUAAAUUCAUGUAUUUAGAAAUAUAACAAAAUAAAUCACACAAAGGCAUACUAAUAAA